AUUGAUUGCAACAAUUCCUUCUUUUUUAUGCCUUUCCUUAUUCAUUUUUUAUUUUUUUCCCUUUGUUUAUGAUUGUUUAAAGAGAAAGCAAAAGAAAGUGUUACUAUAUUUGACAAACUAUUGUAACCGAAGUUUUCUCCAUGCCACAACCCCACAUUAGAGGGAGUCUAGUCUUUUGCACAUUCCCCUUGAUUUUAUUCUUCUUCAAUUUAUAUUUUCUCUCUCCUAUUUUUUACAUAAUCAGAGUACAUUCUGUAUUUUUAGAAUUUUUUUUUUUUGGUUCAUUACAUUCCACGUUCUGCUCAUAUUCAGACAAGAAAAAAUGGGAUGAAGGAAGAAAGUCAAUUUGGAAAUUUUACAAAGAAAGAAGAUAUUUUUCUUAUAUGUUUUUCUGCUAUAUUUUCUUGUUGAUUGAAGAAUAUCAGAAACAAAUUUUCUAGAAAUCAUUGUAAAAAUAGUGAAAAAUUCGACCGAAACUCGAAUAUGUUGCAGAGGGCAGCAAGCAAUGCAUAUUCAUGGUGGUAUGCAAGCCAUGUCAGGACUAAACAAUCCAAAUGGCUUGAACAAAGCCUUCAAGAUAUGGGAGAUAAGGUCGAAGCUGUGCUUAAACUCAUUGAAGAAGAUGGAGACUCUUUUGCUAGAAGAGCCGAAAUGUACUACAAGAAACGACCAGAGUUGAUAAACUUUGUGGAGGAAUCCUACCGAGCUUACAGAUCUUUAGCAGAAAGAUAUGACCACAUCUCUAAAGAGCUACAGAAUGCAAAUACCACACUCGCAUCUGCAUUUCCAGACCAGUACCAGUUCCCAAUGGAUGAUGAUGAUGAUUAUUCCCCAAGAAUGCCCAGAAAAUUUCAAGAUCGAGCAUCCAAUCCGAACAUCCCACAAGCUCCAGCAAAGUUCCCUACCAAGAAUAUUAAGGCUAUCAUUGCAUUAACAGCGAACGCCCAAAGAAGCUCUCCUCCUGGUAGGAAUGCACCUAAAUCAGGAGCUCAUGCUAACAGAUUUCCGAAAUCUGGUCUGACAAUCACUGAGGCCACUAAUGAGAUUGACAAGCUUCAGAAGCAAAUUCUAACUCUACAAACAGAGAAGGAAUUUGCAAAGAGUUCUUAUGAGAGCGGGUAUGCUAAGUACUGGGACAUUGAUGAGCAGAUUUCUGGAACACAAGAAAAAAUCUCGAAGUUACAAGAUGAAUUUGGGAUAGCCCAAGUAAUUGAGGAUGAUGAAGCUCGGACUUUAAUGGCUGAAGCUGCUAUUAAAUCAUGCAAUGACACCUUGGUUGAGCUUCAGGAGAAGCAGGAAAGAGCUGAAGCGGAUGCAAAAGCAGACCACCAGAGGAUAAAAGAUGCUCGUGAUAAGUUGAACUCUCUCAAGGGUGAGUACCUGGGGAAUCAAACUGACGUCUCUCAAACUGGAGAUCGUACCUUAAAGGCAGAGGACUCAACUAGCUGCAAUGAUGAACCAGUAGGUGUUUUGAAAGAAUCAAAGGGCAUUGAAAUACUUCGAGAGAAGAUUAAGGAACACUUUGAUGUAGGUGAAAGUACAUCACUCUCUGUGUUAGAAAUGGCUGAAAAGAUUGAUGAGCUUGUAAAUAAAGUGAUCAACCUAGAAUCUUCAAUGUCUUCUCAGACUGCCCUAGUACAUAGAUUAAGGUCAGAGACUGACGAGCUCCAAUCACAAAUUAAGAGUCUUGAAGAUGACAAGGCAAACCUGAUUGAGGGGAAAACCACUUUAACUGACAAGCUGGGUGAGAUGGAAAAUAAGCUAAGAGGACUUCAGGAUUUAAACGACAGCUUGGAGAACCAAGAUAGCAACCUCAAAAGUCAUCUUACUGAAGCGCGCUCCGAUCCUGAUAUCAAGAAUUCAACUAGGUCCCAAGAAAGUAAAGGGUCCACAGAAAAUGUGGAUGUGGAGAAAGAGGUGGCACAGGAUAUGCAGGUAAGUGAUACGAGUACCUCGAGUCUUACUCAAGAUGGUGCGAAGGCCGAGAAAACUGCUCCACUUGACUCAAAGAAUGAAUCUUCAAUUCCUUGCAAGACAGAUGAUUAUCAACCACAAGAAUCUAAGACAACUAACAAUGAAAGUGAUCAACCACAAGAGACUUCAAAGAAGAAAGAAGAUGAAGCAUUUCACCUUCAAGCAACUCUAAAAAAGCAGCCUGCAACUCAGCCAAGCACUCCCCAAGAAGUUAUAACUAUGCCAAAAGAUGAGCCUAAUGCACCUUUAUCAGUGCGACCACCAGGCGAGCAACCACAAGAAACUUUAAAGAAGAAAGAAAAUGAAGCAUUUCACCUUCAAGCAACUCCAAAAGAGCAGCCUGCAACUCAGCCAACAGAUCAGCCGAGCACUCCUCAAGAAGUUAAACCAAGAGAAUUGGUAACUAUGCCUAAAGAUGACACAAAUGCACCUUUAUCAGUGCAACCACCAGGACAGAGAAGGAAUGGAGAAGAUGAGCCAGAUUGGCAGCAGUUGUUCACGGAUGGUUUGGAGGGAAAGGAAAAAGUUCUUUUAGCUGAGUAUACGGCAACUCUUAGAAGCUACAAGGAAACCAAAAAGAAGCUUUGUGAAGUAGAGAAAAAAAAUGAAGAAAAUUUCUCAGAUAUUGAAAACAAGCUUAAAGAAUUGAAAGGUUCUCUUGUCGCGAAGGAUGAAGAGAUCCACUUCUUACGUCAGAAGUUGAGUGUUCUGCAAAAAAGGCUGGACGAGAAUAAGAAUGCAAAAGAGAAAGAAGUCGAGCCUGCUGUAAGAAAUGAAGAGUCAUCACCUUACCCUGAAGAUGAUGAUGAACUACAAGUUAUACUUCCUGGUGAAGAUAAAGAGAUUUCACCAGUUGAGCAGAAACUACGGGGAGAAAUGGAUCAUAUUCUUGAGGAAAAUCUGGAUUUCUGGAUGAGGUUCAGUGCUUCAUUUGGGCAAAUCCAAAAGUUCCAGAAUGGAGUUCAAGAUUUGCAAACAGAAUUAGCAAAGCUCGAGAAGAACCAAGAAAAGAAAGAAGGCAGUAGUCAUGGGGAUACUCACUCAUCUCUGAAAUCAGAUGUCAGGCCAAUAUACAAGCACCUAAGAGAGAUACAAACGGAAUUAACUGUCUGGUUGGAGCAAAGUGAAAAGCUGAAAGAAGAGCUGCAACGCAGAUUUUCGCAGUUGUGCCACAUUCAAGAAGAAAUAAAGCACGCCCUAAAUGCUGGGGCAGAAGAUGAUGACAUGAUUUUCACCAGUUUUCAAGCUGCAAAGUUCCAAGGAGAGGUAGCAAACAUGCAACAAGAGAAUAACAAGGUAGCUGAUGAACUACAAGCUGGUAUGGAUUAUAUAACCAGUCUCCACAUUGAAGUGGAGCGUACCACAAACAGGUUGAAUGAAGACCUGGGACUUUCUGCCUCAAAGAGCCAAAAUGAAAAUGAGAGGUCUGGAAACCGAGCUCGAGUGCCGUUAAGAUCAUUCAUUUUUGGUGUUAAACCACAGAAGAAAAAGCAAUCAAUAUUUUCUUGCAUGCACCCAGGAAUGAUGAAUCGAAGAUACCAUCAUUUAAGAGCUGACAAGUCACCUUAAAAUUAUACAGAGAUAUUCUGUAUUCCUCAGAUACAGUUUUUUAAGAGAGUAUAUUUUCUUGUAUUUGCUGGUGAUAUUAGAUAGAGAUUAUGAGAUCAUCUGUUUUUUUU